CCCUGCCGGGCGCCGCUCCUUGCUCCGCCCCGCAGCACGAUGCUCCUUCCGGUGCAGCCGGCGAACAUGGGGACGCCACAAAAGGAUGUUAUAAUAAAACCCGAUGCCCCAAGCACGUUACUUUCGGAGAAGCAUGCAGACUACAUAGCUUCGUAUGGAACAAAGAAAGACGAUUACGAAUACUGUAUGUCGGAGUAUUUGAGGAUGAGUGGUGUUUACUGGGGGCUGACAGCAAUGGAUCUCAUGGGGCAGCUGCACCGAAUGAACAAAGAAGAAAUUCUGGCAUUCAUCAAAUCAUGUCAACAUGAAUGUGGCGGAAUAAGUGCCAGCAUAGGUCACGAUCCGCAUCUUCUGUAUACCCUCAGUGCUGUCCAGAUUCUUAUAUUAUAUGAUAGUCUCCAUGUUGUUGAUGUAAAUAAAAUUGUAGAAUAUAUACAGAACUUGCAAAAUGAAGAUGGAUCAUUUGCUGGAGACAAAUGGGGAGAAAUAGAUACAAGGUUCUCCUUCUGUGCUGCAGCAACUCUUGCACUUCUGGGAAAACUGGAUGCUAUUGAUGUGCAGAAAGCAGUAGAAUUCGUUUUGUCCUGCAUGAACUUUGAUGGAGGAUUUGGUUGUAGACCAGGUUCUGAAUCACACGCAGGACAGAUCUAUUGUUGCACAGGAUUUCUGGCUAUAACAGACCAGUUGCAUCAAAUAAAUGUCGACUUGCUGGGUUGGUGGCUUUGUGAACGUCAGUUACCUUCUGGAGGUCUCAACGGACGACCAGAGAAGUUGCCUGAUGUAUGUUAUUCAUGGUGGGUGCUAGCAUCUUUGAAGAUGAUCGGUAGGUUACAUUGGAUUGACAGAGAGAAACUGCGCUGUUUUAUUUUGGCUUGCCAGGAUGAGGAGACUGGAGGAUUUGCGGACAGACCAGGAGAUAUGGUGGAUCCAUUUCACACCUUAUUUGGAAUUGCUGGACUGUCUUUAUUAGGAGAAGAACAAAUUAAGGCCGUCAAUCCUGUCUUUUGUAUGCCAGAAGAUGUCCUUCAAAAAAUAAAUGUACAGCCUGAGCUUGUGAACUAAGCCUCGAAGAGACAAAAGGUUACCUUUGCAAGCGCCACUUCUUUUCAUCUAAGGAAACACUGUUCAGUACAUAGGAAUUUGCCAUUUUUUCCAUGUUGUAUAGACAAAAUAGAAUCCUCUUCAGUUUAGUAUAGAGGGAGACACCCUGGGAAUUAAUAUGUGGGUGAUACUUCAUGGCAGUGUAGAACACUUCACUGCAGGUUGAAAUCCUAUUAAUAUUGGAGUUUUUCUCUGAAGAAGGUCUGGGCAACUUCAUUUCCUAAAUCAGCUGGGAUUUGUGAUGAUCUUAAAAGAUUAUAGGUUAAAAAGGGAGUGACUGUGCACAAACUAAAAACUUCUUUAAAAUAUUCUUCCAUUCUUUACAUCAGUUUUUUUAAAAUAUUGUAUUUGUAGAGACUCAUCACAAUUUUUCUUACGCAAAGAAAAUCACAUUUUCUUUUAAAUGUACUGUAAAAAAUAUAAGUUGCCCAGUGUGUCUAUGUUAAGACUUAUAUCAUUUUUGGUGCAGAAUACAUUGUUACUGUCUACCUCUGUUUUGUUAAAAGUACUGAUAAGAUUUUAUUUUCUCAGCUUAUGUAGGUAGAAACUUUGCUGUAAUUAAUCUACUGUUCUCAGUCUUCAGUUACAGGUCCUUUAUUAAAGGCUUUCAGAAAUUUGUACUUUCAUAACUUUUUUUUCCUCCAUGGAAAUAUUUCUGUGGAAAGAUCCUGACAUCUUAGUCCUUGAUCUGAAGUACUGUAGUGUAGCCAAUAUUCCCAGCAAUAAAUUUUGCAAGAUGCUGUGUGAGAAAUUGCAAAAGAAUAAUGAAUAAUUCAGGUACAUAAAAUCGUGUCUGUAGAUAUUUUUAUUAAAAUAAAAUCUGUACAUGCAUGGGGAAAUCAACAGCCAUUCUGUUACCUUCUGAGAACACGGUCAAGUCCAGAGAUGCGUGGUUUAUUCCAAAGGUGCUUCCUUUCAGUUUUGUUGAGACAGCUUGGUUAGUCGAAUUCAGCCUUAUGAGUUGUGACCAUAAGGAAGGAAGGUGGAAGAUUGACAUUCCUUUUGUUUCUGCUUUUCUUGCCAUACGCUUGUAUUUCUGUCAGAGAAGAGGAGAAGGUGUAACACCAGCUUCGGGAGUCUGAGCGCGUGUGGGAAGUUCAACGUAGGACUUGACGUUCAGGACAGUGGCAGUCGCUGGAACAGGCACCUUCCAUCCUUUGCUCAGCCUUAUCUUCCUGAGGCGUAUAGCGAACAAUUACCGACACCGAAAUGUUGAGAAACUAGGGGAGAGGUAAUUUGGGCCAGGGUCCCACCGACGCAUGAGCCCCCUACCCAAAUUAUCCCACCUACUCAGGAGAUAGAGGCGGAGAAAGGAACUGAGCCGGCGUUCUAGUUUGCAUGCUAGGCGAAGAAAUAUGAACCAAUUAUUGUAACGGGGAGUGUACCACUUUGUAAUCUUUGUGACAUUUGUGUAUAAAUAUGACAAGAGAACCAGCGUUAGGGGUGCCUGAUUAGAGGAACUCUCCUCCUGACACCCAGCGCUGCAAUAAAGGAAAUGCCUGCUUCUUAAUGCUAAA